AUGGAGGAAGAGAAGAAACUCUUCACGCCCGAGUGUAAGUUCAAGGAGUGUGUGUUUGAGAACUACUACGUGACCUACUCGUCGAUCCUGUACCGCCAGACGCAGUCGGGCCGCGCCUGGUACAUCGGCAUCAACCGCGACGGGCUGGUCAUGAAGGGCAACCGCGUGAAGAAGACCAAGGGCGCCGCCCACUUCCUGCCCAAGCUCAUCGAAGUGGCCAUGUACCGGGAGCCCUCCCUCCACGACGUGGCGGUGCAAAGCCCGCCACGGAAAACACCCAAGACCACCAGCGACUCGCCCGCACACAAGAAGGACCCCCCCUCCAAAACUAAGACCACCUCCACCUCCUAG